AUGCCUGGCCAAGCCUUAUCUGUAGGCACGGUGAUCGAGCUGCCUGAUGGACGGCAAGCAACAGUGCGCUUCAUUGGCACCACCCACUUUGCGGACGGACAGUGGAUAGGCCUCGAGUUAGAUGAGGCUACCGGCAAAAACGACGGCGCAGUCCAAGGCGAACGGUAUUUUGAUUGCGACCCAGGACACGGCAUGUUUGUUCGCCCAACAGUGGUUGGUAAGAUUGUCCAGCCCGAGCCGGAGAGUAAACAAACCACCAAACCGGCUACCAGCGCCGCAGGUGGCAAAGCGCAGCCUAAACCUGGGAUCUCCGCUGGUAUGCAAAAGCAAACUGGGUUACCUCCUACAGCAGCAAGGCGGCAGAGUACCAAUGCAGCCUCCACUCCUACUCCGGCGCCGAAGGGUGUGGCCGCUCGAUCGUCUCUCCGAUCACCCACCAAGUCCCCAACGAAACAGCUCGCAACGACUGCGGGUCGCCCAUCCAUUGGGAGUACUUCCCGCACCUCUACCGUGUCGUCUAAUCGACCCCGAUUAGCUCCCAGCACCAGAAGCUCCCUGGGUCCUUCUCCAACACAACCAGCGGCCUCUAGAGGCUCGCGACCCUCGGUGUCCGGGCCAGCAGCCCGAACUUCAAGACCAGGCUCCCAAAGUACCGUUGCUUCAUCAACCGCGGGAUUAACAAAGCGUCCUUCACUACGGCAGGUUGGCAACACAAAAGCAUCGGAUGGAGGAGACACGGGUAUGAGCGGGAGAUCUGGAGAUCCAACCGACACUGAGUCGCCUGACACUGAAGGGGAGGGUGCGCAAGACGGAGCUACUGCGCCGAAGACCUCUCGACAAUCGAUGACUGCUACACGACCAGCAGCCUCGCGUCCUGGUGCCCCGCUCUCUGCAUCUCAACGCCAAGGGCAGAGCGGUGCAGUCAAUCGUGAGCUCGAAGAACUCAACGCCAAGCUCAGAGUCAUGGAAAAGAAACGAGCCGACGACAGGGAGAAGCUGAAGACCCUCGAGCAACUCCAGGCUGAGCGUGAUAAAUUUGAAACAAUCAUCCAGAAACUGCAAGCAAAGUACCAACCGCAGCAAAUGGAAGUCACUGAGUUGCGCAAAAGGCUGAAAGAACUUGAGACUCGUUCUGACAGCGUGGAACGCAUGCAAGCAGAGCAUGAAUCGCUCAUGGAAAUGGCUACUCUUGACCGCGAAAUGGCAGAGGAGACAGCGGAGGCAUUCAAGCACGAGUGUGCAGCGCUACGAUUAAGGUUGGACGAGCUGAAUUUGGAGGUGGAGGUUCUCCGAGAGGAGAAUGAAGAAUACAGCCAAGAAACCACUCCCGAAGACAGAACUACUCAUGGGUGGCUUCAGAUGGAGAAAACCAAUGAACGUCUCCGCGAGGCGCUCAUUCGUUUGAGAGAUAUGACUCAGCAGCAGGAGUCAGACCUCAAGUCCCAGAUCAAAGAAUUGGAGGACGACCUCGAGGAGUACGCUGCUGUCAAGUCUGAUUACGAGGCUGCAAAGGAGAGAAUCUUGGUCGCUGAGACCAAUGUCGAUGAUCUCAAGCAGCAGCUGGAGACAGCACUUGGAGCCGAAGAAAUGAUUGAAGAAUUAGCAGACAAAAACAUGCGCUACCAGGACGAGAUUAAUGAACUGAAAGCUGCCAUCGAAGAUUUGGAAUCUCUCAAGGAGAUUAGUGACGAGAUGGAGUACACCCAUAUCGAGACCGAGAAGCAACUUCAAGAAGAAAUUGAGUACCGAGAGGGUGUGUUCAGCGACCAAUGCCGAAAGAUCACACAACAGGACGAAGUUAUCGAAGACCUUGAAUACACAUUAACUCGUUUCAGGGAUUUGGUGACGAACCUGCAGUGUGACUUGGAUGAUAUGCGCACAACCAAGCAAGUUUCAGAGGCAGAGACCACUGAAAAUGCAAUGCGCCACCGCCAGAUGCAGGAUUUGAAUAUGAAACUACAGGCCAAUCAAUCGAAGGCCCUGACUAAAUCUAUCGAUGUCGAACUGAACCGUAUGGAGUCCGAGGAAAAUGCACAGCACCUUUCAAUGAUCAAGCUCUAUCUUCCGGAGUACUUUGAAGGGGAAAGGAAUUCUAUUCAGGCUUUACUUCGAUUCAAGCGUGUCGGAUUCAAAGCCAAUGUUAUGAGCAGCACUCUACAAGAAAAGGGAUCUGAGCACUCAGUAGUCUCCAACGAAGAACUUUUCCAAGCCCAUGUGGUUUUGGAAUAUCUUAUGUGGAUCUCAAAUGUGUGUGAUCGGUUUGUGAACUAUAUCACAGCUUGCUCGCCCGAGCAAUUUGGCAGCAUCAAGGUCGCAAUGUUCGAAAUGGAGCCAGUGGAGCGCAUGUUGAACUUCUGGAUCGAGCCUAUGAAGAAGGACGAAGUAAAUCUUGCAAAGCUUGCAGUGGAAUUGCAGCGGUCUAUCGCCCUCCUCGCUCACCUUGCUGAGACCCUUCUUCCUUCCAGCUUGGAGAUGUUUGCCGAUGAGCUGUGUAUGCGGGCCCAUUUAUCUCAAUCGUACAUUGAGCAUUCAGCCGGUGCAAUCUCACGCGUCAAGCUCAUCAUCAGCUCCAAGAUGGUUGCGGCGGCAGAAGGCGACGAGGAAAACUUGAUUGCUCUGAAGAAAUUGGACACUUUCACUUCUCAGGCCCGCGGAUACAAGGUUGCGAUGGGUAAGAUCAGCCGGUCUCUUGAUGAUCUGCGUUCGAGGUCACUUGCACUUCCAAAGGACGCCGAUGAACCCUUCAAAAAGAUCGAAAAUGAAACUAGGCAACUUUCAGAGUUCGCUCGAAAGCUUGGCGAGAACCUUGUCGUCCUCACGAGCGAUGAAGGUCGCACGGAACCAUUCAGCCCGGAAGAGAUUUUGGACUGCAUGUCCCAGGCCGCCGUGUCUUUUGCCUCGUCUUCCGAAACCUUGGAUGAAAAUAACGACCCUGUUUCGUUGCUCUUUACCAAAUUGCGGGAUGUAGGCGACCAAUUUGAGGAGCUUGAUUCCAUCUCAUCAGAUCUGUCUCGCACGACAGAGUUUGAGAGAGCCGCAUUCCCCUGGGUUGCCCGUGCUGCCGAAUUAAAAUCCAACAAAAUGACAUCCCCUGAUGCAGACGAGGAGAUCCGCCAAUUGAGAAAUGAGAUUCACGAGGCGUCAGCCGCACUUGGAGUCAAGGACAAUACCCUCGAAGAGCAGGGUCUAAAGAUUGAGCAUCUUGAAUCUAGGAUGCGGGAGGCAAGCAAGAAGGCUGCCAUGGUCAAAGAUCUUGAAGCCAAGAUCGAGGAAAUCCAGAGAGCAGGGAGUGAACUCGAAAAAACAGUUGAACAACAAAAGAAGGAGCUUCAGACAGCCGAAGCAGAGCGAGACGAGUCCAUGGCUCGUCUUGAGCGAAUGAAGCGCAUGUCCGGAACAGCAGGUCUGACGACCUCGGGUAACGGCGCCGUCAUCGCCAGUGAGGCCUCUUUAGCUGCCAUGGACGAGAACGAGUCUCUCCGCGCUGAAGUGGAAAGCCUCCAAGCAGCCGUGCGUUUCCUGCGUGAAGAAAACCGCCGUUCGAACAUCCUCGACCCAUACUCCGUCCAGCGAUCUACUGAAAUGCACGCCUGGCUCGAUUCGCCGCUCGCACGUGCCAAACCAACCCCCGAACAAGAGAAGAUCCAACGCACUGCUCUCGAAAGUCGGGACGUCAUGACCCAUCUCCUCAAACUUACCAAGGAGUCCCAUGUCCCCGAUCUCAAGUCCACGAUGACUCCUCCAGCUAGUGACGACAAAGACAACGCCAGCCGCACUGCCUGGCGCCCGUCCAAGACCCGCCUCCGUUAUCAGGUACUCCAACAGCGCGAAAACUUUGAGCACUGGGCCGAAUGGCGCGAUGAGAUUGUCAAUCACGAACGUGAACAAGACCGCCUGGCCGCCGCCAAGCAGGAACGUGCAAUGCGUGAUCGCGUCUCCAGGCAUGCUCACAAGGCUUCUGUUGAGUUUCCCCAGGGCUUAGGUCAUGGCAUGAUGGGCCGUGCCUGGCAGAUUCUGGGCAUGCAAAAACACCGCAAGAACGACUCCAUAAGUACACCUGCUCCGGACGGUGUUGAGAUAGUGACCACGGACUGA